UGAAGACAGCGCGAGGCGUGUGCUGUAGCUUCAGUGUUCAUGAAUCACAAUGUGAUGAACACGGAGGAUCAUAUCAAACACAUCAUAUCUCAUGAUAUUAAAAACACAUCAUAUCACACAUGCUCCCGGUGCUCCUGAAAGGAACAUACGCGCGUGGACACUUCAUGCGUCUCAAUUCAACCUGAGGACAAGAAGAUGAAGAUCUAUUAACGGAGAAGAUGGACGUGUCUCUCCAGAGGAGUUUGAGUGUUCUGGAUCGUCUUCUCCUCACACACUCCAUAUGGUUGCAGCUGUCAAUCAACCUCGACUCUGCCCAACAAAUCCUACAACGAGAGAUAAUUGGGACAUUUCUGGUGUGUAAAUGUAGCGCCACCCACAAGAAAGUUCUGUGUGUGCGGGUGCAGGAGGCCAGGGAGAGUGUGUCACAGUAUCCCAUCCGUGAGGAAGACUCCACAUUUUCUUUAGAAAGUUCAGCCCUGAGCUUCCCAGAUCUCUGCCGACUUGUGGCCUUUUACACCGUCAGCAGGGAUGUAUUGCCUUUCCCACUUGAGCUCCCAGAAGUAAUUGCACAGGCCACAACACACACUCAGCUUGAAAACAUUUCACAUCUGGGUUUCGAGUUCUGGAGCUCUCAGACGUCCCCUGGCCUUCCUAAUGGACCCCCUCCCCAUGGGACAUCUAGAGUGAUCAGCCCCUGUUUCAUCAACCCCCUGUUCCUGCAGCCACCCCAGCCCAGCAGAGCCGCCUCACACAAGCGCCACCGCUUCAAACGCAGCCUCAGGGUCCAUGUGUCUAAUGAAACCUCUCUCAGUCUGUCGGGAGAAUCUGACCCAACCCAGGGUGAGACGCAUGGACAGAAUUCCAGCCAGGGAGGUCAGAGACGGAUCGGUGGAAUGAAUGUGCUCAGGAGGAUCCCAGCGCUCUCUCCAACCUCAGAAGAGGAAGACGAACAGAUGUUGGAACUAAUACCACCUGUAAAUAGUAAUUCUUUACCCCAACGAGACAAUGCUGAAGACAACAAGGAUCCUGAAGACGGUGAAGUUUGCCUUGCUUUGGAGAGGACUCGAGCUCCUUCCCUUGCCGAACUGGACAGCAAUAGUUCCUUCAGCAGUCUGGAGGAGGAGGAUGCCCAAGCAGACUCCACCCACCAGUGGCCCCCUGUUACAAGGGGUUCCCGUUUCCCCUCUGCAAACCCAACCUCAACUCUGCGCCGCAUGACUGCUGCUUUUGUCUGUGUGUUUGCUCCUGAACGACGAGUGGCUCGAUUAGUGGACGAACUCUCCCAUGACAGACGGUCUACAUUUGGAUCAUUGGUGCAGGACUUCUUAGAGAAGCAGAGGCAAGAGAUGGAGGCCUCAGUACUGACUUCUACUGUGGAGCUGCUACAGGGAAUUAGAAGAUUUCUGUCCCAAGCCAAAAGCCUCCUUUUGGAAGCAGGAGAAAUAGAGCCUCCAAUUGAGACACUGGUGCCAGAGAACGAGAAAGAUCUGGUGCUGGAGAAGGCUCUGUUUGGCUGCGUAUUGAAACCAUUGAAAGUUCAGCUGCAGCAGAUGCUUGUCUCUCUUCACACGAGGGAUGGCUCCUUACAGAGGAUCACUGACAGCAUGCUGGCCUGCCAGGAGGGGACGCUAGAGCUUCUGGGUGUACGAGUGGGGUUCCUGGAUAUUCGUGACAUAGACAGAGCAAAGAAAAAAUUCACGUUAAUGCAACGCAGCCAUUCGCCAAUUGACAAGGUGUUGCUUUUGCUGCAGGUGUGCAAGAGUGUGUACAAAGCCAUGGGGACACAGCCUGAUCAUGAAGUGGGGUCUGAGGACUUCCUACCGGCAUUGUCUUAUGUGCUAGUUCAGUGUAAUAUCCCGCAACUAUUGCUAGAGACAGAGUACAUGAUGGAGCUGCUUGAGCCAUCAUGGCUGACAGGAGAAGGUGGAUAUUACUUGACAAGUGUUUAUGCCAGUCUAUGGCUGAUUCAGAGCAAGCCUGGGAGCACACCCACUUGUAGUUUGACCAAUGAGGCUCAAGAGAGCUUGAGGGAGUGGAGCAGGAGGCGGGGCCAAGAAGCAAAAGCCCAGAAGGACAGUCAGCAGAAACAGAGGUUCGUCCGCGUGUUAUUCCAGGAUGAGAGUCGUAGUGCAGUGCGGACACUUCUCUGGAAGGCAGGGGAGAAUGUAGAUGCGCUGGCCCAAACCUGCGCUGGUCUGUUUGAUGUGAACGAUCCCCAGCACUAUUGUCUGUUCUGGAGGAGUGAAGGGGAGAUGCGUCCUCUACCUGCCCACGUUCAGCCCCAUGAGCUGGGCAUGCACGAGGGAGGAUCUCUGUCGUACCUCCACUCUGAUCACGACUUUAGCAAAGUGCGCAGAUUGACCAGAGAGGGCGCUGUCGAUCUUGGGGAGUCUGUAUGUGAGGAGUGAAGAGAAACAGGUGUAGAAUUACUUUUUCACUUUUGGUCGCAUUUGUGGCAAGACGAUUUGAAUGCUGUAUAUGUUUCUAUGAAUGAUGUUGAUUAUUUUUUGUGUGCGUGUGUUUUCAUUGUGUGUUACAAAUCAGAAAGCACAUCAGCGUUUUAGAUUCAUUGAAACAGAUAAUCCACAGGUGAGACAUGGUAAUAAUGCAAAAAGCAAUAUCUGCCAAACAAGAGGAUCUGGAAAGAGUUUAGCCAUCUGAGAUUUAAUUGUAACUUAAAGAUUGGCUCACCAGAAGUGUGUAUUGCCAAACAACAAUACCAAAGUGUUGAAUAUGAAUACAAAAUAUUCAUAAAAAUGUUUACAUAAUAUAUGUAUGCAUCUGUGAUGCUCUGUGUUUGGGUCAUUCUCAGGAGAUGGUUCCAUUUGUCAUUUGCUGUGUGUCCCCAAGACUUAAUUAACAGUAUACUGAACUUUAGGAACAUUAUUUGUUGCUAACUUUUAGUGUGUAAUGCAAAAGAAAAAAAAAAUUAAAUAACAAAAAAAAAACAAAAACAAUUCAUAGGAAUAUCAGCCAAUCUGCAAGUGCCCAUUCAUCCCCAUUAUAUUUCAAUGGGCUAAUGUGCAUCCCAAAUCGUACACACUUCUGCACUAUUUUACGGCAUUUUGUUGUCUAGUAGGGCGAGUAGUAUGUUUACGCUGAAAAUGCAAUGAAAAGAAGUGUACUAUGAGUACCCAGAUGAUGUACUUCUUUAACUGAAAUAAGGGAGUGUGGAAUGUUGGACACUUCAUGCCUUCGGCAAUCACGCUUGCCCUACAUAGCGGAAGGGGAAUGCUUUACCUUCACCCACACUGUGUGAAUAUGUACGUUAUUUGAGAUAUAAGUAUUAAACUGAGGUUGGCUAACAUGCUAAAGCUAGCAGCAAUAUAUGACAUGCAUUUGAAAUUGUCAGCUGUUAAACGAAGAAUGUUUCCGUGGAAUAAAAAACGUUAGUAUUCCAUUUGGGACUAUACUUCAUUUUGAAAAUUCAUACACUAGAUGGCGAGUGUAUAGAUGCCACAGAAUACAUAAAAAUGCAAUACUACCUACAUUUAACUUCUACUGGAAUUGAAAUAUCAUGCUUUCUGUGUCUAUGCAGUUUUUUUCUUUCUUGAGAAAAUGCAGAAUUUGUCCCUGUACUUUCUGUUCAGUCCCACUAUGCUGUGUCAUUUCCUCCUUAAAAAUAUUGUUUGCUUUUUCUGGGAAUGACAUCAUAAAUUUUUUUGGCCACAUAAUUCAAACAGAAGCAAGUUUCUGACAAUUUACAGCUUUUAAUCUCUAUUUUUAUUUUUAUUAAUAGUUAUAAAUGUAUUAAUAAUUUUGAUUAAUAAUUAUUGUAUUAAUAUAAUUAUUUAUUAAUAGUUAUUUUUAUUAUUAUGUUUACACUUAUAUUGGCUUUAAAUUGCUUAGCUUAAUAGACAUUUUUAUUUUUUAUUUUUACAAAUAAUAUGGUUACAUUUUUAACCAAAAAUAUUGCCCCCAAUAUCUAUGAUGAUUACUGGCGGAGGUGAGAAUCCAGUAACUUUUUAAAAUAAAAGAAUAAUUAGUAUAGCAUAAGCAAAAAUGUCACCGUUUCCUGAGAAGGACCCAUUUGGUAUUAGGACUAUAUUGUGAGCUACGUAUGUGCAUUUUACAAUAACAGUACUGGUACUAUAGCCUGCUCUGAUUGCUCACCUGUAGGAGUAUUACUUGAAAUGCACCAGUUAUGUUAUAAGCUCAGCAUUAAUUAAAUUGUUUGAAGAAUGCAGUGAAUAUGUGUCAUCAUAAACAGUUCUUAAUUCUCCAUGUAAAUCAGACACCAAUGAAUCGAUACUGUUGUAUUUUGCUCAUGUGUUCAGCCUACAAAAUGCACCAUGCCGAAUUCACUGAAUGUACAACUGUAAUUUCACCCUAUGGUGGACAGAUAAACAUGGUGAUUCUGUUGGUGACUUCAGUUUGAUUUAUGGCUGAAUCUCAUAACAGGAAGAAAUGUUAAAGGGAUAGUUCACUGAAAAAUCGAAAUUCUGUACCCAUGGACUAACCCUCGUGUUUUUAGAAGCCUGUAUGACUUUCUAUGUUGCGUGGAAAACAAAAUUACUUAUUAGUUGUUUAUAUGGAAUGUCCAAGCUCCUCUUUCCACACAAUGAAAGUGAAUAGAGACGACAGCUGUCAAGCAAAAUUUCCAUUGAAUAAUGACUUAACUUUCAGCCUGUUCAUCACAGAAAGCCAUAUGGCUUCAGAAUACUUAGGAUAUAGGACGACUUCUAUGAUACUUUUUUUUUUUUUUUUUUUGUCCUUUAUGGGGCUUGAUAGCCCCUGGUUGCCAUCCACUUUCAUUGUAUGUAAGAGAGCAGCUUAGAUAUUCUGCUACUACUCCAUUGGUGUUUCAUAUAAUUUUAUAAAUAAAUAAAAAAUAAGUGUUUGGGCUGAUUGGUAAGUUAAUAAUGACAAUUUUCAUUUGUCUGUGAACUAUCUCUUUAAGUCAGGAGAUUUCCCUCUUGGUUUGAGGAAAGGUAGGUGACACUGAGUAUUUUUCAGACUGGUUUUAGUGUGAAGCCAAACAACUCCAUCAAAUGCUAGUUUACUGAUUUCAAUUUAAUGUGACAGUGUAACAUUUUCUUUCUCCCAUGUAUGAACUAUAAUGUAAUUUUUAUUCUACAUGGGUUUCUGAUGAUAAAUUCAAUUUUCAUUGCUGGAUGGCUUUCAUUGCUGGAUCAGUUGAACUCUUGAUAUUUGAACUCUGCAUGCAUUUGUUUGUGAUGCGGUUCAUUGUAACGCAUGAAUGAACAGUACGCUUCAUAUUGUUUCAUGCAUCACAUCUGCACAUAAUUUCUUUCAGUGUUUACUGCCUACAGAAAGGUGCUGUACUCUUGUUCACUGACUUACAAUAUUAAACUCCAAAUGUGAAUGCUAACUGCUCAUAUCUCACUCUGGAGCUCUCAGUUGUAUUUGAUGGGUGAAUUACUUGCAGGUUAAAUAAUAUUGGAAAGUUUGUGGUCUUGAUCAUCAAAGUAAAUGAUGUGUGUUUGUAGUCCACUAGAUGGCAGCAGUAAUUUAGUAAUCAUUUCUAAUAUAGUUUUGAGGAUGUUUUCCUAAUGUGGAGCUACAAGUAGGUUUCCAAUCAAAUGUUGUUUGGUAAUUUUUUUGAAAAACAAGAGAGACCACAUUGUUGUCAGACGCAGUGAGUACUUAGUCCAUUUUUGUGCAUUUUUACGCAAAAUCAUUAUGCAUAUCAACAUUUUAUUUGUA